GGGAGUUGUAGUUCGGGUGGAGUGAGGAGCGGUCAGAGCCGACACACCAGCGCAAACAUCGAGCUGUAGUCAGCGCGGAGUUCGGCAACUGUGUCCUGGAAGUCCGCUGCAGCCAUGAAUGUGGUCCUGGCAGUAAAGCAGUAUAUUUCCAAGAUGAUCGAGGAGAGCGGGCCUGGCAUGAAGGUGCUGCUGAUGGACAAGGAGACGACCAGCAUCAUUAGCAUGGUAUAUACACAGUCAGAGAUCCUACAGAAGGAAGUUUACCUUUUUGAGCGUAUCGAGUCCACGAACCGUGAGACCAUGAAGCACCUAAAAGCCAUCUGUUUUUUGCGGCCCACCAAGGAGAAUGUCGAACUUCUGAUUCAGGAGCUGCGCAGACCCAAGUACGGCCUAUUUUUUCUUUAUUUCAGCAACGUGAUUAGUAAGAGUGAUGUCAAGAGCCUGGCAGAGGCUGAUGAGCAAGAAGUUGUUUCUGAAGUUCAGGAAUUUUAUGGAGAUUUCAUUGCUGUGAGUCCACAUGUGUUUUCCCUCAAUCUCACUGGCUGUGCUCAGAGCAGGAACUGGAACCCUGCACAUCUGGCACGAAGCACUCAAGGGCUGACUGCAGUCCUUCUGUCACUGAAGAAAUGUCCUAUGAUUCGUUAUCAGCUGUCAUCUGACAUGGCGAAGAGGCUUGCAGAGAGUGUUAAGCAAAUCAUCACCAAAGAGUAUGAACUGUUCGACUUUCGUAGGACUGAAGUGCCACCCCUGCUUCUCAUCCUGGAUCGCAGCGAUGAUGCUAUCACCCCGCUUCUUAACCAGUGGACGUACCAGGCCAUGGUUCAUGAGCUCCUGGGAAUCAACAACAAUCGCAUUGAUCUUUCCCGUGUGCCUGGAAUCAGCAGGGACCUGAAGGAAGUGGUGCUCUCUGCUGAGAAUGACGAGUUCUAUGCAAAUAACAUGUACCUCAACUUUGGUGAAAUCGGCACCAACAUCAGGAACCUGAUGGAGGAUUUUCAGAAAAAGAAACCAAAGGGCCAACAGAAACUGGAGUCCAUUGCAGACAUGAAGGCCUUUGUGGAGAACUACCCACAGUUUAAGAAGAUGUCAGGGACUGUGUCCAAACAUGUCACAGUUGUUGGAGAGUUAUCGCGAUUGGUCAGUGAGCAUCACUUAAUGGAGGUGUCAGAGGUGGAGCAGGAGUUGGCCUGUCAGAAUGACCACUCCAGUGCCUUGCAGAAUGUGAGGAAAUUGCUGCAGGAUCCCAAAGUGACAGACCUGGAUGCAGUGAGGUUGGUGAUGCUGUAUGCUCUGCAGUAUGAACGCCACAGCAACAGUAACCUAGCCUCACUGAUGGAGGCUCUGACCCGUAAGGGAGUAUCAGACAAGUACAAGCGGUUGGUGUCGGUUCUUGUGGAAUAUGGUGGAAAACGAUUCCGGGGAAGUGACCUUGUGACUCCGAAGGAUGCUGUUGCCAUCACAAAACAAUUCUUUAAAGGACUGAAGGGUAUUGAAAAUGUAUACACACAACACCAGCCACUGCUUCAGGACACCUUGGACCAGCUUAUUAAAGGAAAGUUGAAGGACAGUCAAUACCCCUAUCUUGGACCAAGUAUACUGCGAGACCGUCCGCAAGAUAUCAUUGUGUUUAUCAUCGGAGGAGCGACAUAUGAAGAGGCACAGACUGUCUACAAUCUGAACCGUACCAAUCCAGGAGUGAGGAUUGUGCUGGGUGGAACAACCAUUCACAACACCAAGAGUUUUCUCGAAGAAGUUGCAGCUUCAGGAAUCCAGAGCCGAGUAUCGGAGAGACCACAUGGAGUGAGCCGAUCAUCAAGACGAUGAAAUCCUGGGACAUCCUUGGUUCUACCUCUCCUAACCAUCAUAUUUCUAAAUGAUUUGGACUAUGAUUUGGGCUAGUGUGACUGUUCCUACUGUUGUGAAUGCUUUGCUUCUCCUUGUUUCAUUAAAUACAAACUUAAAUUCCA